AUGAUUCCGCACUUCUCACACCGGAGAAUACUGGUCUUGGCGGCAACAGCCUUCAUCCUCUUUAGCGUCUACCUCGGCGCCACGCGUCUCUCCGUCCAGUCCUUCCAACGAGAAACCGUAGCGCACGCGACACAACCUACCGAACAAGAAGACCGCCUUGAAGAAGUCAACCGCCCGGAAAUCCGGCUUAACAAGGCCGAUCUGCCAAUGUCGUACGGCCAGUUCGAUCGACCCGCCUUCGAGGGCUUGAAAAUUAUCGAGGCCCUGCCCGAACAGUACGUUCCCACACAAGAAAAUGGUCGGCGAUUGAUCAUCAUUGGUGACAUCCACGGCAUGGACACCGAACUUCAAGCGCUACUUGAAGAGGCAUCUUAUAACGGAGCGAAUGACCACGUCAUUGCCGUGGGUGACAUGAUCAACAAGGGACCCGACUCCGCCGGCGUGGUGUCGAGACUCAUGGCCUUGAACGCCAGCGCAGUGCGCGGCAACCACGAGGACAGAAUCCUUCUUGCGCACGAUGCCAUUGAGGAGCAAUAUGGUGUCAGUAAAGAUCUCAAGACCCAACUAGAUCAGGAUCCAGAGGGGGGGCUGCGAGACCUCGUGCUAGCCCGACACCUUAGCAAGGACCACAUCAAAUGGCUCAGCGCGCUGCCCGCUAUCCUCACCGUGGAUCAAUUGGGGAUGUACAUUGUCCACGCUGGCCUUGUGCCCGGCGUAGAGCUGGAGAAGCAGGAUCCAUGGGCUGUCAUGAAUAUGCGCACGCUGUCGUAUCCCCGGGAGGAAAUCCGCCAGAAGGAGGGCGAGGCACCUCGACUCAACAAGAGGCAUGAGGAGGAUCCCGGAGAUGCGCAUUCUCCUCCGGAUGACGAGGAUGCUGACAUGGAUACCUCAAUCAUUCCUUUUGAUCGUCGCAUUGCCCUGCCCAGUGAUGGUCACAAGGGCGAACGCUGGACCGACGCCUGGAACCUCCACCAGCUGCGCCUGCCCCGGCGUCUGCGUCGGACGGUGGUGUACGGACACGACGCCAAGACCGGCUACAAGGAGUCAAAGUACACCUUUGGCCUCGACUCUGCGUGCGUCAAAGGCGAGGCACUGACCGCCCUCGUCGUGGAGGCGUCGGCUGGUGGGGGCUUCAAGCACAAGACAUUGCAGGUCCGGUGUCGCGAAUCGGAGGGCACCAGUGAGGAAUAG